AUGUUUAAUCCAUAUGUGUUAGAUUUUCCAGCUGUAAUUUUUGACAAUGGAUCAGGAUUCUGCAAAGCAGGUUUUUCUGGUGAGACUGUACCCCGUCAUGUAAUCAGCACUGCCGUGGGUCAUCCUAAAUUCCACCUGCCUUUAUCAGAAAUCAGUUAUCACUUUUCCAUGGGAGAAAAAGCCCUGUACACAUAUAAGGCUUUGCAUUUGCACUACCCCAUUGAGCGUGGAUUAGUAACAGACUGGGAUGACAUGGAGACACUCUGGGAAUAUCUUUUUGAGAAUGAGCUGGGAAUAAAGCCCUAUCAACAGCCUGUGCUCAUGACUGAGCCCUCCUUGAACCCAAGAGAGACUAGAGAGAAGAUGGUAGAAGUAAUGUUUGAGAACUUCAAUGUGCCUGCCUUCUAUCUUGCCAACCAUGCUGUGGUAGCGCUCUAUGCCUCUGCCUCUGUCACCGGCCUGGUUUUAGAUAGUGGUUAUGGGAUAACUUGCAGUGUCCCUGUCUAUGAGGGAUACUCCCUGCCUCGUGCUGUCACCAAGCUCUACGUGGCGGGGAAAGAUAUCACAGAACACCUUACCAGGCUCCUCCUCAUUAGCAGGAAUAUCUUCCCUUGCAUACUCGACAAGACCUUAGUGGAGGACAUCAAAGAAAAUCUGUGCUAUGUAGCCUUGGAACCAGAGAAGGAGAUGUGUAAGAGAUCAGAGGAGAUACAAAAACAGUACCGGCUGCCAGAUGGGAAUGUCAUUCAUAUUGGGCACCAGCUACACCAGGCACCUGAGGUGCUCUUUGCUCCAGACGGGCUGGGCAGUCACAGCAUGGGUCUCUCAAAAAUGAUCCAUAGCAGCAUUAUGAAGUGUGACACUGAUAUCCAGCAGAAUCUUUUUGCAGAAAUUGUGCUCUCUGGGGGCACCACUCUCUUUCCUGGGCUUGAAGAAAGACUCAUGAAAGAACUGGAGCAGAUGGCUUCCCGAGGAACUCCCAUCAAGAUCACGGCUUCUCCUAAUAGAAGUUUCUCUUCAUGGAUAGGGGCAUCCAUGGUGACCUCUCUUAGCAGUUUCAAACAAAUGUGGAUCACUUCCGUAGACUUCAAGGAAUUUGGGACAUAUGUUGUUCAACGAAAAUGUUUUUAA